GUAGACCCGACUCAACUGCGCGGUCACAUCCCGCCCCGACUUCCCCUCUGCCAGCGGCCUGGUGGUAUGAGAUGAGUAGAAGAUGUCGGUUUCGGGGCUGAAGGCCGAAUUGAAGUUUUUGGAGUCAAUCUUUGACCAAAACCACGAACGAUUCAGAAUAAUAGACUGGAAACCCGACGAACUCAGUUGCCAAUUCAACGUAACAGGAGAGAAGCUGCUGAUCAUUCACUGCAACAUCACGGAAUCUUAUCCCUCAACACCCCCAAUAUGGUUUGUUGACUCUGAUGAUCCUAGUCUGGCUGAAGUGUUGGAGCGCUUAGAGGAUGUGAGGAAAGGCAGCACAUUGCUUCUUCAGCAGCUGAAGCGCCUCAUUUGCGAUCUCUGUCGGCUUUACAACCUGCCGCAACAUCCAGAUGUAGAAAUGCUCGACCAGCCUCUGCCUGCUGGCCCAAUUACCCAAGAGCGAAAGCAUGGGCCACCGGAUGAGGUGACAUCUGAAGAGGAAGAGGAGGAAGAAAUGGGAGAGCAGGACAUUGACCUGGACCAAGACCUGGACCAUUAUGACAUGAAAGAAGAAGAGCCAGCAGAUGGAAAAAAGUCUGAAGAUGACGGGAUAGAAAAAGAAAAUCUGGCCAUCUUGGAGAAGAUUCGUAAAAACCAGAGACAAGAUCACUUGAAUGGUGCAGUGUCUGGCUCUGUGCAAGCCUCAGACCGCCUAAUGAAGGAACUCAGGGAGAUCUACAGAUCACAGAGUUACAAGACGGGUAUUUAUUCAGUCGAACUAGUCAGUGACAGCCUUUAUGAAUGGCAUGUCAAGUUAAGGACGGUAGACCCAGACAGUCCAUUACAUAGUGAUUUGCAGGUCUUAAAAGAAAAGGAAGGAGUGGACUACAUUCUGCUCAAUUUCUCUUAUAAAGAUAAUUUUCCUUUUGACCCACCUUUUGUACGGGUUGUCUCACCUGUGCUCUCCGGAGGUUACGUUCUAGGAGGAGGGGCCCUGUGCAUGGAGCUUCUCACAAAACAGGGCUGGAGCAGUGCCUAUUCCAUAGAGUCUGUCAUUAUGCAGAUAAAUGCGACUCUGGUUAAAGGAAAAGCCAGGGUGCAGUUUGGAGCCAAUAAGAACCAGUACAAUCUUGCCAGAGCACAACAGUCGUACAAAUCCCUUGUGCAGAUUCAUGAAAAGAAUGGCUGGUACACACCACCUAAAGAGGAUGGAUAAGGAGCUUCUACCACUAUGCAUUGAGAACAUGUCUUUGGGUCAAAGUAUCUUGUUUUCUUUGGAAUAUCCCCCCCUCCCCCUCUGACUUAACCGGGGAUAUAUCAUCUUUCUCCCGGAAACCAUCUCGCUGGCUCAUCUGACAAGUAUUCCUUCGCCCCGCUCCAGGAAAGACUUUAUUCUGGUAUCACUUGGCUUCUCCCCUCACUGUUUUAGAGAGGAGGAUGAUGAUGUGAGGGUAUCACUAGCCCUGUUUUCUAAAUAUGCUCAUUUGUCUUUAAAAAAAAAAAAAACUUUUCUCCCUUUAAAUGUGGGAAAAUGCUUUUUCUUUAGCUGCUUUGACAAAGUGGGCUUCACAAACAGUCAGUUACCCCUCUUUAAAUGGGAAUUUUAAACGAAGAUUGAUACUGAAGCUCUUGAAGUGGCACCUCAUUGCACCUGUUUUUAUUGACUGCAGUUGUUUUCUUCCCCUUUGGUACAUAGAUGCAAAUAUUAUUUGAGCAUAUUAGACAAUAAAUGAGCCAAUUUUCAUAUUUUGGAAGCUUAUCUUUAAAUUGAGACGACCAACCACUCGGUAUCUUUUAGCUCUUACUUUUUAAAAUGUGUGAAGAAUAUUCAGCCAAGCAGAAUCAAAAUGUUACACUGUUAUCAAACUAAGAUUAAUAACUGUUACUGGUGAACAAAUCCACUAGUGGUUAAUAACGAAACCAGGCCAAAGGACAUGAAAAAUCUCAGAAUCUGCACAGUGCAUAUCUUGGGAAGAGGAUGCAUAGGUAUAUUUUCACCAGAAGAUGAUACGAUGAGCAUUAUGGCCUCAUUUUGGAAGAUCUAACAGACUUAAUGUUGAAGCUAAAGAGCUCUUUUUGCCUUAUUUCUGUUAACACAUCAGCCCUGCAGGUGUUCAGUUUGGUUAUUGGUCUUUCUAUUGAUUAAAGCUGUAGAGGUUGAUGGCUAGUCUGAUGCUCAAAAUGAAUCCCUGUGUGUGUAAGGUUUAAGGUCCAGUGUGUAGGAUUUAGUGGCAUCUAGUGGUGAAGUUGGAGAUGGCUUCCUUGUUUCACCUUCCCCAGAGCAAACGCCCCUAUCUAGAGCCAACGUUUGUCCCACCUGGGCUACAGUAGAAACAUGGCGGACUCCAUAAAAGGUAACCCGCGGUCUGUAGAUAUAAAAGGCUCAUUCUAAGGUAACGAAAAUACAAUAAUUCUUCCUUUCGCCUGAUGGAUGAUGCACCAAUGGAAACAUACCUGUGAAUGUUCGAUUGCAUUUCCGCCUAAAUGUUACACACUUAACCUUUAACAGCAUGUCACACAGGAGCCACAUCUCUGCCGCCGUUUAAUUACAGUCACUGUGAUGGGAAUGGUUGUACAGAGGGAAUAAAUUAAAGGUUUUUGGAUUUGAUUUCUUUUAUCAUUCUGCCCAGUUAUGCAGGAAAAAUGUACGUCAUAUCUUCCUGACAAACAUCGAGUGUAGUGGUUUGCCCCUCCCCAGUUUGGAUUUGAAACUGCUAACCUGUUACAUGACGUCACGUGCAGCUGGAUUCAUCCCCUCUCAGGGGUUAAACAUCCACUAUUUGCGGGUCUUCCUCUGCCACAACAAUAUACCACAGAUGUGUUUCAGUGUCGCUUUUGUUGUGUAACAAGAAGAGGAUUAUUUAUAGCGUGACGAGAACUGACCUGAAACUCUGUACGUUUUAACUUUGACCAUGCAAUAUACUGUAGUACAUCAUCAGUACUACCUGUUCCCCAUAUUACAUGACACACACUGUAUCUAUCAGUUGGCUCUUUUGCAGUUUAUUUGUUAACACUGUCUGCAGAAGUAUGUUUGAAUGGCAACUCAGGUAACAAACAAUACUUAGGAGGGGAAUCUGUACAUGUACAUGUUGGGUUUUGGGUUAUUUUCUGGGAUUGAUUAACGCUCAGUACCACUGAUGAUUAGGCUUACUCACACACUGAUCUGAUGUCAAAAACGGGAAAUGUAAUGAGCUUUACAACAUAACGGGCCACAUGUUUCUUUUAAUUUAAGUAAUGUAAGAAGGACAUUUACAGAAAGAUGCCAUUUUAACAGGAUUGCAGUAGCAUGAUGACCACCACGUGUAAUAGCUCAUCAACACCCACUGUAGUAUUUCUUUUUAAAUAUUCCUGAUAAAAACAUUUGCACAACUGGCAACAAUGUGCCUCAAGAGGUCAAUUAUAACAACAAACACAUUCUAAGAUAAGUAUUUUAAAGUCAGGAAAAUGUUUUUGUUUUUGUUUUCUCUCUUGCCACACUGCUCCACAUCCUGUUGUUACAUGUCGGAUAUAGCUGAGGGGGGGAGGGACGAUCAGGUAUCAAGAAGUGUCCUCACCUCUAAAGGGCCGAGGAAAAGUUGGACCUUAAACUUUUGAAGGUUUUAAGUACAAUCUCCCCCACUACAGAGCCUUUAUCCACCUGGAUGAUCUCCUCCCUCCAAAACGCCAAAAGUGGUCAGAGGGGAUAUUAAGAGAUGAUUGAACUUUGAUAGUCAUGCUGUGGUGAAUAGACUUGCACGCUUCUCUAACUGGACUGUGUGUUGAAAAUGUUCAUUUAUCUCAAUUUUCAAUUCAUUUUCUGGCACCAACAAACAGAUGAUCAAGUCUGACACUGUUGGCUCGCUUUGGUUUUAUUUUAUUUUUCAUUUUCCAUUUGAAGAAAUUUUGACCAUGUACAGUAAUUUGUAAACUUGCAUCAAGUUUAUGAAUAAAGAAUUUUAAGAUUA